UUCCCCAUUUUGGUUUGGUUGGUUUGGUUUCGAGGUUGAUUUUUGCCGCGCGGUCUUUUCUCCACGUUGUGUCUAUAACGUUCAUCGACAAAGAAAGUCGAUAAUACAUUAUAAAACAGGACCCUGUUAUUAGUUUAUUGUUCCUUGUGUAACCGCAGCAUAUAAAACACAUUCAAAAUGUUUUGGGGACUUAUUAUGGAACCAAACAAGCGGUACACACAAGUGGUGGAGAAGCCAUUCCACAUCUCUCAAGCGGCGAUGGAUAUCUCGACCGGUGACAAUGACCCAUGCCAAGUCAUGGUGGUGGUUGACGGCAAGAACUUCCUUGUGUGCACACUUCAAAAGCAAAAGUGUGUGCAGGUGCCUCUAGACUUGUACUUUAAGUCUGGCAACUCCAUCUCCUUCCUCACCAAUGGUAAAUGCAACAUUCAUUUGACUGGCUACCUGGACCCUGAGUUUGAGGAGGAGACGUCAGACCUUGAGGAAGAAGAAGAGGAUGAGGAAAUGCCAGCACUUGUCCCAGCCAAGGGCAAGAGGAAACUAGAGAACAGCAAUGAUGUCUCUGCUAAGAAACCUAAGAAGGACAAAAAAGCAGUGGCUGCUGCAGACAGCUCAGACGAAGAUUCUGAUGAAGAGGACCAGCUGCAGAAGCUGCUGGAUGGAGAUGACGUUGACACCGACGAGAAUGACGAGUCCUUCAAAGUGAACACCUCUGGUGAAGUUGAUAGUGAUGAUGAUGAUGAAGAUGAAGAUGAUGAUGAGGAAGAGGAAGCUGAGGCCGAGGAGGACUCAUCAGAAGAGGAGGCUGAGACCACAGUGGACACGAGCAAGGAGGAACUGGAUCUGUCCAAGCUGAGCAAGAACGCCCGGCGGCGCCUGAAGAAGCGACUCGCCAAGGAGGGCAAGGAAGUCCCUCAAGUCAACGGUGUUGACAAGGGCAAGAAGGAAAAACAACAGGAUGGCCAGCAGCAGAAAGCAGAGAAGAAGAAGCAAGAGAAGAAAGAAGCAAAGGAAGAAGCAGGAGACAAGAAGGAGAAGAAGUCACUCAGUGGCGGAGUGUUCAUUGAGGAUGUGAAGGUUGGCAACGGCCCCGCCGCCAAGCCUGGCAAGACUGUAAUGGUGUACUACGAAGGCCGCCUGAAGCAGAACAACAAGAUGUUCGACAACUGCCUGAAGGGGCCGGGCUUCAAGUUCCGGCUGGGCGCGAAGGAAGUGAUCAGCGGUUGGGACGUUGGCAUCACCGGCAUGAAAGUAGGAGGCAAGAGGAAGAUCGUCUGCCCACCCGCCAUGGCGUACGGAGCCAAGGGUUCGCCACCAGUCAUCCCGCCCAAUUCGACUUUAGUAUUUGAAGUGGAGCUCAAGAAUGUUAAAUGAGGGGUUAAAGUUGUAAGAUUGUAUUUGUGUGUCAUGGACAUUUGUUGAUUUUGAAUUAUUGAAUGGUUGCCAUUGAAUGCAGUCAAGUCUGUUAUAGUUACUAUGAAUAUGAUGCAUCUGAAAUCAAUAUUAAAUUAAAUGACCUGCAUUAUUUUUAUGCUAUUUUCAGGCGCCAUUGCAGAUGCAUCAUAUUCCAAUUAUAAUAAGUAAGUUAGGUUUAAGCGCUAAAAGUGGACAUAAUUAGUUUCUGACAUGCAUCAUACAGGUGUUUAAAUUUAGAUUAUGCCAAAAUUAUAGUUCAAUAUUGUAGCAUCAGUAGAUAGGCUAUCUGCUGUUUGAUGCAGGUAUCUGGAUUAUUUCUUUUGAAAUAUAGUUGUGCUUACUAUAGGUUGCCAUCUUCGUGAGCCAUACUUACACAAUAAUCAUUUUAUUGAUCACAUGCACAAGGUUGCUCACAUCAAACAGUAACUGGCCCCAACAUUUUAGUAAUAAUUAGAUGUAUCUUUCAAACAGUGUCAGAAUUUAUAUAAUGAAAUUGACAUGCUAGACAAAUAAUCAAUUUCCUAUUAUAUAUUCUUUCACAUGGACAGAUCCGACUAUUAUUAUAAGUUUGUAUUGCACACUUCAUUUAAAGUCAGUAAUGUAAUACUUCCAUUAGCAUAGAUAGUAAUAAUUCUCAUUUAAAUAUCUAUUUUUUUAACUAAGGCAGCAAAUGGCGUUACCCUUUCCCAAUUUGUAAUCCUGCUUUUUAAAUUGUGAAAUAUCCCGAGAAUUAUCCAUAUUUUAAAUAGACACUUAGCUUAAAUGGCGUAAGUAUCCAGUACACUCAACAAUUGCUCUGCACAAAGCAGUAUUUUAAUGGAUUUCUUUUACUAGUGAAAUAAAAUGCAGGAUUUCAUCAAA